CGCCGGAUCUCGCACCACGCGCAGCGUGUGCAGGAGAAGAAACCGGCCGGGAAAGCAACGUCAUUCCCCCCAACUGCCGACUCGACGCAUCGCAGGAGAUAGAGAGCGGAGUGGAGCGGCGUUGUCCGAGGCAGGUGCCGAAGCGAUUACAGCAGAAAGAUGGCGGACGACCCGAGCGCGGCGGACAGGAACGUGGAGAUCUGGAAGAUCAAGAAGCUGAUCAAAAGUUUGGAAGCUGCCCGCGGUAAUGGCACCAGUAUGAUCUCAUUGAUCAUCCCUCCAAAGGACCAGAUAUCAAGAGUGGCCAAGAUGUUGGCUGAUGAGUUCGGAACCGCUUCCAACAUUAAGAGUCGAGUUAACAGGCUGUCUGUACUUGGUGCUAUCACCUCUGUACAGCAAAGACUAAAACUUUACAACAAGGUGCCACCCAAUGGUUUAGUUGUGUAUUGUGGCACCAUUGUGACAGAGGAAGGCAAGGAGAAGAAAGUCAACAUUGACUUUGAGCCUUUUAAACCAAUCAACACCUCUCUGUACCUCUGUGACAACAAGUUUCAUACCGAGGCAUUGACAGCUCUACUCUCUGAUGACAGCAAGUUUGGCUUUAUUGUGAUUGAUGGUAGUGGGGCACUCUUUGGCACGCUUCAAGGCAACACCAGGGAGGUGCUGCACAAGUUCACUGUGGACCUACCCAAGAAGCAUGGCAGAGGAGGACAAUCUGCACUCCGCUUUGCUCGUUUGAGAAUGGAGAAGAGACACAACUAUGUGAGAAAAGUAGCUGAGACCGCUGUCCAGCUCUUUGUUUCCAAUGACAAAGUUAAUGUAGCGGGAAUGGUCUUGGCUGGCUCUGCUGAUUUCAAGACUGAACUCAGCCAGUCUGACAUGUUUGACCCAAGAUUACAGGCCAAGGUUCUGAAGCUGGUAGACAUCUCGUACGGAGGAGAGAAUGGUUUCAACCAGGCUAUCGAGCUCUCCGCUGAGGUUCUUUCAAAUGUCAAAUUUAUCCAAGAGAAAAAGCUCAUAGGGAGGUACUUUGAUGAGAUCAGUCAAGAUACAGGAAAAUAUUGUUUUGGAGUGGAGGACACACUCAAAGCUCUGGAAAUGGGAGCAGUGGAGAUCCUUAUAGUCUAUGAGAACUUGGACACCAUGCGUUACGUUCUACGUGUGCAUGGAGCAGAGAGCAAUGGCUUAGAGAAUGAUGAGAAAACUCUGUACUUGACGCCAGAGCAAGAGAAAGACAAGUCUCACUUCACAGACAAGGAAACGGGGCAGGAACAUGAGCUUAUCGAGAGCAUGCCUCUGUUGGAGUGGUUUGCAAACAACUACAAGAAAUUUGGAGCGACGCUUGAAAUAGUAACAGACAAAAGCCAGGAAGGGUCCCAGUUUGUCAAAGGCUUUGGAGGCAUUGGGGGUAUCUUGCGGUACAGGGUGGAUUUCCAGGGCAUGGAAUACCAAGGAGAGGACGAUGAGUUCUUUGAUUUGGAUGACUACUAGGUAGUCUUGGACUGAAAUUGGGAGAAAAAUGAAAAGAAAGGAGUGAACGAAGAAAUAAGGAAAGAAAAAUGCCACCUCUCUUGCAGCAAGUGAGAGGGGCAACUGUGUUGACCAUAUUACGACAGACACAUCUUCCAAUUUACCUGUUGCAUACACAAACUUGCAAAUACAUCUGUACACACAACAAAUACAUCAUACAGGCUGAAGAGGAGUGAGAUUUUCUUUCAUCCAGAGAGGGAGAAAGCCCUUCCUGAAUAAAUCCCUGCCUUAGAGUGCUGGUUCCUUCCCCUAGUUGGAUUGGACUCGACUCAUUUUGGUUAAUUUUUUUUUUCUCCUCCCCUCCAUUUUGAAUGAACACAAUGGCAAGUUUCCAGAUUCCUUGCCGCCCCUAACUUGGUCUGAAGAUGAACUUUGGACUAGCUCCUCACAUAUAGAAAAAUAUAUUUUCCUUUCUUGCCUCGUAUCCCUACCCUCUCUCUCCCCUCUAUGCUCUGUUUUUUUUUUGGUUUUUUUUUUUCCCCAUUUCAUUUUUUUACUGGUAACUGCUGCUGUUGCAUUUUAUGAGAGUGGGGGAUUUUUUUUACCUGGGUUUCUGUAGAGAAAGGGGGACAAAGUAUUAAAUUUGAACUGCUGAAAACCAU